AUGCGUGGCUCUCAGCUACACUCAUUGCUGGCCAUAGCAGCCACGAUCCUUCUUGGUCCCAACACAGCAGCCACAUCGGCGACAUCCGCAGUCAAUGCCAGGAACAGUAGUAACAGCAUAUCAGCCACUGCCAGACGCGCCGCAACAACAUGCAACGGCUCACCAACAUUAUGUGACCGGCGGUACGACUCGGUGACACACCUGGGUGCGCACAACUCGGCGUUUGUUCGUGAUGCCAGCACCAACAACUCGAUAGCCGGGAACCAGUACUUCCCUGCCACGAGAGCCCUGGACGACGGGGUCCGGCUGCUGCAGGCGCAGACGCACGAUCUAAAGGGGGUCAUCGAGCUUUGCCACUCGUCGUGCGAUCUGCUCGACGCCGGGUCCUUGGAAACUUGGCUGGCGGGGAUCAAGACCUGGCUGGACGGGCAUCCGGAUGAGGUCAUCACGAUACUGCUCGUCAACGGCGGCGGCGGGCACGACGCGGCCGAGUUUGGGAGGGUGUUUGAGGCUGCCGGGCUGGAUGCAUACGGCCAUGUCCCGCCGCCACAGCCGGCGACAACGGCGGCAGCAACAACGGCGUGGCCGACACUGGGGAGCAUGAUUGCCGCCGACAAGCGGCUCGUCGUCUUCAUCGAGUCCAUCACCCCCAGCCCGGCGUACCCCUUUUUGUUAUCAGAGUUCGAGUACGUCUUUGAGACGCCCUACGCGGUGACCUCGCCCACGGGGUUCAACUGCACCCUCGACCGUCCUCGCAACCAGGCGGCGGCCUGGUGGUCCGCAUCGCCCAGCACGGCAUUACAGGCGGGCAAGCUGCCCCUGAUGAACCACUUCCGGUACAACACGAUCGACACCGGGUCCGGGGCCGGUGGUCUCGGCACGAUUAUGUUCCCGGCGAGCGAGGACGUCGCCGUGACGAAUAGCCCGGAUGUGGGUAGGGGCCAGGAGGGCUCGCUGGGCGCGCACGCGGAUAUGUGCGUGGGUGCGUGGGCGGGAAGGGCGCCGACUUUUGUGCUGGUGGACUUUUAUAGCGAGGGUCCUGCUAUCGAGACGGCGGAUCGGUUGAAUGGCGUUGCGAGCAGUAGUAGUAAUGGUGGUGGUGGUAGCAGCGGGCCACAAUCAUCGCCGGCAACACCAUCACCUUCGGCUUCGACGACGACGACGACAUUGACAGGCAAUGGCAGUGGCGGGGGCGGCGGUCUAGACCGGGAUAACGGCGUGGCGUUUGGGCUGGUCGUGUUUCUUACGUUCCACAUCCUCCCACCGGCAAGACAACGCGCGCAAGAUUCCAAGAUGUCAGCAGCCGAUAGCACCACCACCAAUGCAGAAGGCUCGCCGUACAAUGACGUCCCCGUGCCGGAGCGAUGCUACGCCGACUUCUGCCUCGUCCCGGUCGGAACCGGCAACGUCUCCGUGGCAGAAGAGGUCGCCGAGGUUCAGCGCCUGCUCAGGGCGAGCGGGCUGACCUGCACAAUGCACUCGGCGGGCACGACGCUAGAGGGGUCAUGGUCCCAGGUCUUCCACGUCAUCGGCCAGGCGCACACGCUCGUCCACAGAAAGGGCGUGCUUCGCGUGCAGACCUCGAUGCGCGUCGGGACGAGAACCGACAAGACCCAGACCGCGCAGGACAAAGUCAGGCGCGUCGAGGACAUUCUCUCCGCGGACAGCAAGUAA